AUGAUUGGGUAUCCAGAAGAUGACUUUGUUCCCGCAAAUCCUGUGUUGAUUUCAGCACUUGUUGUGGUGAAUAUUAUUUGGUGGAUGGUUAUGAUUGCAGGCAUUGGACUGGGAGCCACACAUCUGCAAGGUUGUCCAGUACAACCCGGGAUUCCCGUCUUCCUGAUCGCGCUGGGAGCGGCCACCCUCCUCUCUCUUUGUCUGACCUACUUCAGGAGCGGCAGGAGCGGCAGGAGGGAAGGCACACUCGCCCUCCUGAGUUUGAUUUUCAUGGGUUUCAUGUACAUCUUCAGUUUCUUCUGGUUCAUUGCAGGCACCUCCUGGGUUUACUCGAUCUACCCUCCCAGCUACACACCAGGAGAAGCCCUGUACUGCCACAAGACAACCUUCCAGUAUGCGUUUGCUGUCACCACCCUCACGUGGGUCUUUCUGAUGAUCAUAUUGGUCAUCAGCUGUUGCUUCGCUGUACUGACCUGCUGCAGGACUGUGAGGGCCAGACGCCAUUUGAUACCCAACCGCAACACGUUCUAUGGCACAACAACCAAACUUGAGGAAACCACAGCUGGUGAUGUGUGA